AUGUGACGUCAUGUCACGUGAGCGCUCCUGGAAAACUGACAAGAAAAGAUUAAAGUUUGCUUUAAAAUAUAAAGUCCAAGACCUCCUAAUUAACUGGUCAUGGCAUCACUGGAAAGUCUGGGAGGAGGAGGGUUAGUUUUUGGUCCCCCGGGCAUGAAUGAAGAUGAAGAAGAGGAGGAAGACCAAUCUGUGGUUUUACUGAGUGUUUUAGCCCAGCAGGGACAGGUGGGCCUCUGCUUCUAUGACAGUAAGGACUCCUCUUUACACUACAUGAUGGACACUCCUGACAACUACGAGCUCCACCUGCUGGCUAGAGUCAUUCUGGAGGUUAGUCCCCAUGUAAUAAUUACCAGUGCAAAGCAGGAGCUCUGCAUGACACGCUUCCUGCAACAACUUGGUUCAAAUCCAGACUACAACCCAGAGGUGGUUACUUAUCCAUAUGUUGACUUUGGUCUGGAGCUUGGUAAGCAGAGGCUACUUUCUGCCCAUCUGCCUUUCCUUCCUGCCUCCCUUUCAGAGAGAGAAAAAAUGUCCUACCUCUCCUCCUGUAUGUCCUUUGACUCUCCCCUGAUGCUGAGGGCAGUGGGCGCUCUGCUGAAAUGUCUGGACAGGAGGAGAGUAGGAGUGGAGCUGGAAGACAGCAGUGUUGGAGUUCCUAUCCUACAGUUUCACGCCUACACACUUAAAAGCGUUGUUUGCAUUGACCGAGACACCUACAGUGUACUGCAGAUCUUUAAAUCAGAACUUCACCCAUCAGUGUACAAGCUCCAUUCAGGUGAAAAGGAAGGACUCAGUCUUUAUGGGAUACUGAACCGCUGUAGGUGCAAGUUUGGCUCCAAACUGCUACGCCAGUGGUUUAUGCGGCCAACGCAGGACCUGGCUGUGUUACACAGGAGACAGGAAGUGAUUCGUUUCUUCACGUCACCACGGAACUCUGACGCCUUGAGCACCCUGCAGGCUUCGCUACGCAACAUCACUAACAUACCAACUCUUCUGCGCAGGAUGUCUCUCUCUCACACCAAAGUGACAGACUGGCAGAGUCUCUACAAGACAGUGUACAAUGCAGUGUGCAUCAGGGACACGGUGCGACACCUACCUCAGUCCAUUCAGCUCUUUCGUGACAUCAGUGAAGGAUUCUCUGAUGACCUCCACCAUGUUGCCUCCCUCAUCAGCCGAGUUGUGGAUUUUGAAACCAGCAUAGCUGAGAAGCGCUUCAGCAUCAAACCAAAUGUGGACCCAGCAAUUGAUGAGAAGAAGAGGAAGAUGAUGGGGUUGUCCGACUUCCUGACAGAUGUAGCCAGAAGAGAGCUGGAACACCUGGACGCUCGCAUCCCCUCCUGCUGUGUCAUCUACAUCCCUCUGAUUGGAUUCCUGCUCUCUGUCCCUCGCCUGCCCAGCAUGGUGGAGAAAGAGGAUUUUUAUAUAGAGGGGCUUGAUUUUAUGUUUCUGUCAGAGGACCGUCUGCACUACCGCAGCCAGAGAACGAAGGAGCUAGACGACCUCCUAGGAGACUUGCACUGUGACAUUAGAGACAUGGAGACGGCAGUAAUGACACAGUUGCAGAACACAAUCCUUGAGAAGAGCAUCUCCCUCUACAAGGUCCUGGAUCUCACUGCUGAGCUGGACUGUCUGAUGGCUAUGAGCAGAGCCUCCCAAGAGUACAGCUACACCUCACCCAAAAUGGCCAGCCACAGGACGAUAACAGUCACACAGGGCAGACACCCGCUGUUAGAGCUGUGCUCUCCCAUGUUUGUCGCCAAUGCCUUCCAGAGCUCAGAGUUGCAGGGCCGAGUCAAGAUGAUCACUGGCCCCAACUCAUCUGGCAAGAGCAUCUACCUCAAACAGGUGGGUCUGAUUGUGUUCAUGGCUCUGAUUGGCUCAGAUGUGCCCGCAAAGGAGGCAGAGAUCGGUCUGGUGGAUGGGAUCUUUACCCGCAUGCAGAGCAGAGAGUCUGUGUCUGUGGGCCUCAGCACCUUCAUGAUAGACCUCAACCAAAUGGCCCAGGCUCUCAACAGCAGUACCGGCAACUCAUUAGUUCUCAUCGAUGAAUUUGGGAAAGGAACUAACUCAGUGGAUGGACUGUCCCUGCUGGCUGCUUCGGUCUCUCAUUGGUUGAGAAAAGCUCCGGGGGAUGUUCCUCACGUCCUGUUGGCUACUAACUUCCACAGUUUGCUGCAGCUGGGCCUUCUACCCUCCUCUGGCCUGCUGUCUCUGCUGACUCUAGAGACAGCAGUGGACGGGGAUGAGUUGGUGUUUCUGUACCAACUGAAGGAAGGAAUCUGUCAGUCCAGCUAUGCUGCCAACAUCGCUACACUGGCAGGCCUGCCAACUAGCAUUGUACAGAGAGGAGUGGAGGUGUCUGACCUGUACAGGACAGGAAGACCCAUCAAACGCAUUGACAAAGCAUCAUCUGAUGAGCAGGCAAACAGGUGCAGGUCUGUGGUGGAGAGGUUCCUGAACCUGGACCUGGAGGACAAAGACUUGGACCUUCAGCACUUCAUGAAAGAGGAGCUCCUGCCCUCUGCUGGGGAGCUGCUGAACCUCAGCUAAACUGUUCUGCAAAAGUUUUUCUACAGCUCUGCGGUCAGUUUGUUCAUUCACUAUCAAACGUUUUCAGUUACUUUUGGGGGCGAGCAGACUUUUCCCGAUGUUUUACCUGUAGACAGGAUAUAUUUAUCUAAAUACAUGACAAGAAUUAUAUUACAGUGUGACUGAAACAUUUAUUAUACAGCAUGUGUCGGCAAGGUUUAUGUUGUAGCAAAAAAAAACCCAGCUCAAACCUUUUCAUGUUUUUUUCAGUUAAAAUACCAUUAAUUCAAUUUAAUAUGAUACAAACAAAUUGGUUGGAUUAAAGCUUUUCUAAAUGAA